AGGUCUGGCACUACAAAGGACGCAGGGGACCGGCUGCCCUUUUCAGCCCUACACCGCUUUUCUGCGGCCCGCUCGUGUCAAGGCUGGAAUACGAUUGCGGAUUUGGAAGAAACACCAACCGAAGAGGAAGAGUCCAAAGACCUUAAGCCAGUGAGAAGGGACACAGCGUCUUGGGGCCGACUGGAAUUCACCCCAAGUGAAACCCUUCGCCCCCAGAGCCGGGAGCGGGCAUACUCCUGGAGGGGGCUCAGCAGGCCCCUGCCCCUAGCCCUUGAGCACCAUGGAAGAAGGGUGUCCCGCCAUGGCCGAGGUCGCGGAGCCCGAGGGGACCGCUCCGGAUCCCCAGGGGCCACCCAAGGGUGCUGCGAUUGAUGGAGAGGGACCGGGAGAGCCCCGGGCUGGCGACCCUGAGGGGCAGGAAGCCAGCGAGGGCGCUGCGGAGGCGCGGGGGGAUGAAGGGGCGGGCGCGGAGGCCACAGCCUCGGCGAAGGAGGAAGGAGGCGGCGGGCAGGACGGAGGGAUCGGGAACCAGCAGGCGCUGGACACGGGGGCCCGCCCCGGGACGGAGACGGAGGGCAGGAGCAGAGUUCAGGGCGAGGCGGAGGCGGCUGCGGAGCGCGACCCGGAGGGCGCCGGGGUCCGGCUGGGAGCUGAGGAGGCGGGCGGCGCUCAGCAGGUGUGCGAGCAGAGCUCGGGGGUAGGCGCGCACCGUGAGGUCCCGGGGGACGAUCGCGGGGAGCCGGGGGACCCUGUGGCUCUGGAGGCGCAGGAGGAGGCAGAGCCCAGGCCAGGGGCGCGGCAGGAGGCAGAGCCGGGGAUGGAGGAGCAGCAGGAGGCAGAGCCGGGGAUGGAGGCACAGGGAGGCGGCGCGUCCCCGGCGCAGAUCAGUAUAGAAGCCCAGGGACCCCCAGAGCAGGUCCAGGACGCCGAGGGACCCCCCGGAGGGGAGCACCCGCCAGAGGGUGAGCCCCAAGGCGGAGGAGAAAGCAGCCCGCAGCCCCAGGCGGAGGCGAUUGAGGUCCCAGCUGCGGAGAUCAGGGGACACAACUCCGAGGAUGCUGCAGGGGAAGUCGGAGCCCCGGGGACAGAAGGGUCCCCGGAAGCAGCUACUGAGGAGGAGAGGGUAGAGGCUAGCGAGAAUGGGGACCAGGGAGAGCCCCAGGAAGAGGCCGGGGAGCAAGGGCAGAGGCCAGAGCCUGGUUUGGAGGGACCCGGUGGGGAGGAGAUACAGGGGAAGUCCCCCGACGGCAGCCCGGAUGGAGAGGCGGCCGAAUCCAGGGAGGACGAGUCCCAGGCAGAGCUCAGCAACCACCUAGCGGAGCGCAGCUCCCGGGCCGGCAACCAGGAGGAGCGAGUGAACGGCCCCAGGGUGGACGGCGAGGCAUCAGAGGAAGGGGAUCCCGGGCAGGAGCAUGACAUCACCCUCUUCGUCAAGGCUGGUUACGAUGGUGAGAGCAUUGGAAAUUGCCCAUUUUCCCAGCGUCUCUUUAUGAUCCUCUGGCUAAAGGGUGUUAUAUUCAAUGUGACAACGGUGGAUCUGAAGAGGAAGCCUGCAGACCUUCAGAACCUAGCUCCCGGGACAAAUCCUCCUUUCAUGACUUUUGAUGGUGAAGUCAAGACAGAUGUGAAUAAGAUCGAGGAGUUCUUAGAGGAGAAGCUAGCUCCCCCAAGGUACCCUAAGCUAGGAACCCAACACCCUGAAUCUAACUCAGCAGGAAAUGAUGUUUUUGCCAAAUUUUCAGCAUUUAUUAAAAACACCAAGAAGGACACAAAUGAGAUUUAUGAAAAGAACCUGCUCCGGGCCCUGAAGAAGCUGGACAAUUACCUGAACAGCCCCCUGCCGGAUGAAAUAGAUGCAUAUAGCACCGAGGAUGUCACUGUUUCCGGAAGGAAGUUUCUGGAUGGGAAUGAGCUCACACUAGCCGACUGUAACCUCUUACCCAAGCUCCACAUUAUUAAGAUUGUAGCCAAGAAAUACAGAGAUUUUGAGUUUCCUUCUGAAAUGACUGGCAUCUGGAGAUACUUGAACAAUGCUUAUGCCCGGGAUGAGUUCACAAACACGUGUCCAGCCGACCAGGAGAUUGAGCAUGCCUAUUCAGACGUUGCAAAAAGAAUGAAGUGAAGUUGGGGUACUUUUUGUCUUAUUUCUCACUUGUGUGAGUGAGACUUCCAACACAGCAUUUUAAGUCUUUCCCCCAACAACAUCUUUUGGAAAAUAAUUGGUGACACUGUGACCCUCUAAAUCCCACCAUGUGACACAUGGCCUUACAGUUUGUCCACUCAUUCCUAUAUGUUUGUCUACCAAUAUAUGCACACCAGAUGUCUGGUCUAUGUUAAUUUAUAUCUUUGACAUCCAGUGAUACUGUAUUCCAUGAUAUUUAGAGUAUGGUUUUUAUAGUUUGUUUUAAAGCAAAUUGCUUUCAGUUCAAUUCCCUCAAUUUUUAAAAAAUUGUUUUUUCUUUGAUACUUUUCGUAAUCAUACAUUGCUUGCUUUUUUUUCUUAAAUUAUUAGUUUAAAAUGAAAGCGCCAUUUCUAUUCUUAUGAAAUGAUUCCUUAAAUCAGUAUUAGAUGGUAUAAAGAAGGAAGUAAAAAAAUUACCUAAAAUUUACUCUUUAAUUUCUGGUAACAUAUUGGUGAAUAUUUCUAGAGUAUGAAUGUGUGUAUACCUCUCACAUAACAUUUCAUUUAUAUAUGGUGUGGUAUUUGUUUAAAGGAUUGGUGAAGGGUCCUCCUGGUACCUUAAUGGUUAUCACAGAAGACCUAAAACAAACAUAAGAUUUGGCCCCACUGAGCUAGAAUGGGCACUUUUGGUCUGAUUUGAAAGGGGUGUGGAGUUGGUGGACCCUUCUGCAGAGCCACGAGGACCAGCAGGAAGCAGCCUGGUGGAUUCAAGGUUGCUAGCUUCUGCCUCUAGGAUGCUGCGGCCUCUGCAUCAAAGAGAGGCUGUGGAGAGUGCUUCUCUGUGCCUUUGGUUCCAGCUUCCUUUCUGGAACUUUCCCUUGCUCCCUCCCUGGGACGGGCGGGGUAUGUGCCUUCGGGGGUCUCCUCACCUCAGCUGCAGCCUCGAGAAUCUCCCCACCUUGCGUUGCAACCAACGUGAGCCUUGCAAUGAUUCCUUCCCACACCAAGUCUUCCGUGAAGGUGAUGUGGUUGGGGCUUGUCAGUCACGGCUGCACUGUUAUCUGUUUAUCUCAUUCUGAGACCAGGCGGGGAAAAUCCCAGGAAGAUCAAAUUCCAGAUUAAAACCCAGGAAACCCUUUUCUUGAGCAGUUCUGGUAAAUAGUUCUAGUGAGGAAGUGGAAAAGAUUGAGUCAAGGAGUUUCUGAUCUAUUUGUGGCUUUCCCUCCAUCAUCUCUGUGGCCAACCUGCAUCAUAGUAGGUCCCUGGGCCGGCUGCUGGACUCCAGUCCCAUGCACAGAUGACAGUUUGCUUAGAUGCUCUGUAAGACCGAUCAGGUUUAGUGUUUGACAGCCACACAUCUUACUGAAAGUGUUUCCUGUGGACUUGGUUGUUGCAUGUGGUGGAUGUUGGAGACCUCAUUUUUCAUGCAUGCAUCUGCUUGGUGGGUGAUUCAUCUGAGAGUACAAUGUAUUAACAGUACUGGUCCUAAGAUUUGGUAAAAAAAUGUAAGAAAACAAAGUAAUACAGUGUCCAACACCGCCCCCCCCCUUACAGGAUGCUGUGGUUUUAGCCUGGCAGCCUGCUUUCUACGUCACCCACACAUUUUGAGGGACUUUUGUCUAACCCGUGUCACCAUGGCCCACAUUAUUUUAUAUCUCUUUAGGAGUCGGAUUUCUAAAUCUACUUUAACAAUGUGGCAUUUAUACUUGGUACAUAGUAGACUGUCAGAUGUUAGCAAUGUUAACUUUGUACUUUUAGAUGUUAAAAUGAUCAUAAAC